UGAUGCGAUGCGAAGCUCUUAGAGCAGAUCAGGCAUUCAUUGAGGCCCUGCACCAUCGUGUCGAAAGCUCGAUGGCCGAAGUGUUGCUUGUGACACGUGCGCGAUCGCGACGAGCCAAUGAGUCGCAGCUGCAAGAGCACCCGCCAAGUUUGCGGUCUACGGUCGACUUCGACUCCAUGUGCGAGAUCUUCCCAAACAACAAGCCCCAAGGAAUCCCGAUCAACCAAAGUACCAUCACCCACGACCUCACCCUCCCGAUCCUCCCCCCGCUUCGCGAGACCGACACGCUUGAAACAAUCGCUUGCAAAUACGAGGCCUUCGCCGCAAGUGUCGAAGCCGGUAGCAGCAUUGCGGUCCGCACCGGUACAUACCGUCCCGACUCAGGCGAUAACAACAAGGUCGAUAUCCCGGCGCUGGAGAUCGCGGAGACACAAGUCAUCAGCGAAAUGGUUACUCUCGCGGAUGUGAAAAAGGCCCUCGUCGAGGCAGAGUUGCGAAAACUGCACGAAAGCAUUCAGGCUGCAUGUGAUGUAAUUCGACUUCGCGCAGACACUAUCAGGGUGAAAAUACCGGGGAGCAAAGCUAAUCGGAAACGUGUGCGGGAGUUCCAGCCAGUAGCAUGA